UGAUCCUGGGUUCUUUAUUAGGUUGUCUUGUUAGGUUCAGCUCCUGACCCUCGGAUCCAGAAUGAUUUUGUUAAUUUGGCAAAUCAAUUGCAUUCAUCACAUAAUGAUCGUGCACGCCUGUGUCUGACUUAUGACGAGCCCCUUUCUCACUUGAUAUAUGCUGGUGCCGAUUUCAUUUUGGUCCCUUCUAUAUUUGAACCAUGUGGACUAACUCAACUCAUAGCAAUGAGAUACGGUUCAAUUGCUGUCGUUCGUAAAACUGGAGGACUUUAUGAUACAGUUUUUGAUGUUGACCAUGAUAAAGAACGAGCACAAGCUUGUGGUCUUGAACCAAAUGGGUUCAAUUUUGACGGAGCAGAUGCUGCUGGAGUUGAUUAUGCUCUCAAUAGAGCAAUCACUGCUUGGUACGAAGGACGGGAAUGGUUCAAUUCAUUGUGUAAACGUGUUAUGGAGCAAGACUGGUCAUGGAACCGACCUGCACUUGAUUACUUGGAGCUUUACCGUGCUGCUCGAAAGUGUUAAGACGAAAUCGAGAAACGGUUUGUACAUUAGUUUCUUAUCUGGUAUCAUUUUAAUGCAGAUUGAAUUUAGUAGCUGCAUAUGGUUCAAUUUCAAAUCAAUAAAGCACAGCACCUUAUGGCUGGUUGUAAAUUUUCUUGUGGUUCAACCAUUUCUUGAUUAUUUAUUA